UUAGGUUUUUUGAAAAUUGCAAUGUACUCAAAAGAAAAUGUAAGCACUAUCAAAUGAAUAACAACAAUAGUAGGACUAAUGAAUCACUGGACAAUAUAUGUCUGAGUUGCUUUAAAUUACCUUAUUACAUCAGUGACGAAUUGUAAAGCAUCAAAAUAGGUUUGCAGUAAGAUUUAGCAGCAACUUUGCUUCAACUAGAACUGGAAGACUUCCGUGAGCCAUUCACUUAUUAAGAGAGUGACAGAGACCUGUAUUAAAAUUACAUUUCAUGUGAUGCCUAACCUUCUGAAGAAAGCUCUGUUUUCUAUAUCUGCCAUUGUAAGUUUUUUAUCUGCAAUCCUGCUUGCUGUGGCACUAGGAACAACACGAUGGGUGACUGGUACCAUUUUGUGCAAAACAGGGGCUGAAAUAGUGAAUGCUACAGAUCCAGAAAUGGCAAAGUUUAUAGGACACCUUUACUAUGGAUUAUUCCGAGGACGAAAAGUACGGAAGUGUGGUCUUGGAGGACGGUACUCUGAAAUCACAAUUUUUCCACAGUUGGUGAAAACAUUGAAUACUGCUGUUCACAUUUUGGUUAUAUUGUUUAUCUGCCUAGCAAUUGCAUUUGCUAUGGUUAGUUUUGGAUUUUGUAUUUACAAUGCAGUGAAAAUCCCUUACCAAGCCAUGAAAGGAUCAAUGGGCAUCCACCUAUGGAAUUUGUUUGCAAGUCUAUGUGGAUUGUUUGCAAUUGUUUGCUUUUUUGCUGCCGUGAAACUUCACCACCACACAGAACGAGUUGCCAAUUUUCGUGAGCAAGUCUUUAAGUUUGUUAUACUUCAGGAAUACUUCGACUCUUCCUUCUGGAUUUGUGUGGCAAGUCCUGUGGUACAUGUGGUGAAUAUUCUAAUUGUGUGCAUCAGUGGAGUACAAUUCCCCACAUUGAAGACCAAGUCAGAGGAAGCAAAUGUGACAGCUGAAGACCUGAUGUACUAGUAUUGGUAUCAUGCAGGAACAUAUAAUUGGAAAAUUUCACCUGUAAUGAAGUACUUCCAAAAGCCAAAUACAUCUUGUUUAUCUUGUGACAAACAAUUCAUAUCUGGUGUAAUAUUGGAGGAGCCCUUAAAACUAACAUUAAAUGUAUUUUGUCUCGAUAGAGCUACACACAAGUUGUUUUUUUAUGUACAAAGUGUAAAUAUUUAAUAGUAAAACGUGUAUUUUCUUCAUCCAGCCAGUUAUUAUUCAAAAUCUUCAUUUGCUUUGAUAUGUAUUUUAAAACUUUUUUUCAUAUGCUUGUGAAAAUGUGUUGGAUGUUUGACAAAACUACAUAACUGUCAUCACUGAGAAUAAAAUAAAA